GGAAAGGAUCGAUACCACAAAGCAGGCUUUGAAAUACUUAUUUGAGUGUAUUGAAAUGUACUUUGUUAUUAUCGUAUACAGAGUCAACAAAUACAGCGGUUCAUAUAAAUAAAAUAUUAAAUUAUGGCAAGCAGCAAGGAUACUGGCAUAGGAACCGACUCUAAGUUUGCAUAUAAAUCAUUUCUCAACACUGAUGAUACCAAGGAAUUAAAGGAUUUUCUAGAAAAGCGUCUAGUUGAUUGUGGAUGGCGAAAGGACAUUGAAGAAAUGAUACGGAACAAAUUGAAGGAAGAUGGCACAGCUAAUGUUUCACGUGACGAGCUUGCCAAGAUGAUUAUACCGGAUGCUCGCGCUAUGGUGCCCAAUGAAGUUCGCGAGGAAAUGAUGUUACGCGUUCGUGAAGUCCUUGAGGCUCCAGUGGCCACACCUGGUGGCAAGUAACAGGACUCCGAUUGGGGCGCCUGUUAUCAGAACUUCAGCUAGCUCAAAUUCAAAAUGUCCAAGAAAAAAAAUACAUAGUUUAAAUUCUAGCACAUUUGUUGUGGUUUAUUAACGUGUAAUUAAGUAAUUGUAUAUGUACAUAUGCUUACGCCUGCUAAUGCUAAUUACGAAUUGCGCCAUAAGUUGUACAA